GGGACUCUGGCCCUAUAUAAAGAAAUGGAGCCAGCCCCGACAGCAGGUGGCCCAUGGAGGAACUGUCAGCAAUCACUGAUCGAGAAACCAUCUUUGCAGCCAAGAUGGCGCAAACAAAUCCCCAGCCUCCGCAGCUUGGACCGUGGAAGAUCACUGCCUAUGACCAAGAGAACUUCCAGGGGAAACGGAUGGAAUUCACCACCUCCUGUCCCAGUGUCACAGAGUGCAGCUUUGACAACGUCUGCUCACUCAAGGUGGAGUGUGGCGCCUGGUUUGGCUACGAGCACACCAACUUCUGUGGACAACAGUUUGUCCUAGAACGAGGCGAGUAUCCCCGAUGGGAGGCCUGGAGUGGCAGCAAUGCUUACCACGUAGAGCGGCUGAUGUCCUUCCGCCCCAUCGGCUCCGCAAACCACAAAGAGUCCAAGAUCACCCUGUUUGAGAAGGAAAACUUCCUGGGGCGUCAGUGGGAAGUUCUGGACGACUUUCCUUCCUUGCAAGCUAUGGGCUGGGGCAACAAUGAAGUGGGCUCCAUGAAAGUUCACUCUGGCGCAUGGGUUUGCUACCAGUAUCCUGGCUACCGUGGCUACCAGUACAUCAUGGAAUCUGACCACCACAGUGGCGACUACAAGCAUUGGCGGGAGUGGGGCUCACAUGCCCAGACCUUCCAGAUCCAGUCAAUCCGGCGCAUCCAGCAGUAG